AAGAAGCAUUUUCUUUUAUCCAUCAUCAAUUUCAUCAUCACCUUCCCAAAUAAAACCAAAACACGUCACCCAAAAAUGCUAAAGAGUUUGGCCUUCACCACCACCACCGUUACCACCACCACCACCUCUCCUCUGCUUCUCAUCUCCUCCAAACCCACUUCUUCUUGCUUUCUCUUUAAACCCCUCCUUUCUCUCUCUAACUUCUGCACAAAACCCAUAUCUUCUUUCCCUCAAACCCACAGACCCAUCUCCUUCUACAGAGCCCCCAUGAACUUGCUCAACAAGCUCGGUUUCGGCAGCCCCAGGUCCCCAAACGCCGAUUCCUCUUCGAUUGCUCAGAGCCCGGACGAUGAUGUUCCUGCUCCCGGUCAGCAAUUCGCGCAGUUCGGUGCCGGAUGCUUUUGGGGGGUUGAGCUGGCCUUUCAGCGGGUACCUGGUGUGACCAAGACCGAGGUUGGAUACACCCAGGGUUUUCUGCAUAAUCCCACCUAUGAGGAUGUUUGUUCAGGCACGUCGAAUCAUUCGGAGGUCGUGAGGGUUCAGUACGAUCCUAAGGAGUGUAGUUAUGAGACUCUGCUUGAUGCUUUUUGGGCAAGGCACGACCCCACCACGCUUAAUCGCCAGGGAAAUGAUGUGGGAACGCAAUACAGAUCCGGAAUAUACUUCUACACUCCUGAACAAGAGAAGGCAGCUAAAGAAUCGAUGGAACGACAGCAGAAACUAUUGAACAGAAAAAUCGUCACUGAAAUUUUGCCUGCAAAGAAGUUCUACCGUGCUGAGGAAUACCACCAACAGUACCUUGAGAAAGGGGGUCGUUUUGGUUUCAAGCAGUCUUCUCAGAAAGGAUGCAAUGAUCCAAUCCGAUGCUAUGGCUAGUUUAUUCUGCUACAAUGUCAAACUUAAACACUAGUGAGGAGUGCUUAUAGGUUUGUAGGUUUUGUUGAAUAAAAUCAUAUGUAACUAGCUUUUCCACACUUUGGCAUCGUCAUAUAUAUGCUUGAUGUAUUUCUAUCCGGACUUCACCUAUAAUUAAUAGAGUGCUAUAUUUAACAUUUAUUCA